AUGGAGCUGCCAGAAAAUGGUCUGGAGCAUUGGAAAGCUAAGUUUAUAUAUGGUUUGCCCCAACUAUUUGCUGAAAGAGUUAAAAAGAAUCUUAGAACGCCGCAAAGAGCUAUUCCUUAUGGCGCUUUCACUUAUGGUAAGUUAAUAGAAGCUUGCACACAAGAAGGAAUAAAUUUGUGCAAUGAAUUAAAACUCUCUAGACAGCUUAAAAUAGAUAAGCUCAGGGAAAGAUCUCAAUUAGGAGACUUUUGUACCCAGUUUGGUUUACCAGACUCAGGUAAACAGACCAAAAAUAGAGAGACUACUAAUCCCAACCCUACUUCCGAUAAACCUUAUAGUGGGAAAAGAUCUAGACGAAGGUCUAGAGAAGAACGAGAGGAACGAAGAUCUCGUCAUAAGUCUAAUAGAUUUACAAGAAAUGGGUCCAGGCGAGAACUCGCUAAAAUCAAGUGCUACAAAUGUGGUAAAUUUGGUCAUAUAGCACCCAAUUGUAAGCUUGAAAAGCUGAAAGCCUUAGAACUGGACGAAGAAGUUCAUGAUAAAAUUUAUAGUUUCUUAUAUACUUCCGGUUCAGAGUCCGAUUAUGAUUCGGAUACAGAGUCAGAAAAAGAUGGUAAUAAAUCUGAGUCCUCUAAACCUACUGCUAAUGCUUUAGUACUACUUGACUGGGAGGAUGAAGAUUGUAUAAAAAUAUUGAAGAAAUGUAAAGAAGCAAUUCCAAAUAAGGAGAAAUGGAGGAAAGGUGAUCAUCAUUGA